AUGCCUCGCAAUGUUGGUGUAGUUGCUCCUCCACCAGGGGUCACGGCCGACUUUGAUUACUCGAAUCCAUGGCUUUACAACACCAACAUGGGCUUGAUCAGCGCCGGAUUGAUCUUAAGUUCUUUGUGUCUCGUCCUUCGGAUAUAUACCAAAACGAAAAUAUUGCGCACAUUCGGAUGGGAAGAUGCAUUCAUUGUGCUUGCCUGGCAAUUCUCACCAGAUGGAUACCAAUAUAGUGGUGUUGGGAUUCAUAUGUGGAAUGUCACCGAAGAGAUGCUUGCGACGUACCAGAAGGUAUAUGAAGAUUCCCCAUCAACUGGUGUAGAUCUCGGAGCUAACUUCGCCUGUCAGGUAAUUCUUGCUGCCGCCGUCGUAUAUGUCCCCGCGCUCGCCUUCGCAAAAAUGAGUCUUGUCUUCCUCUACCAUCGAAUCAUGGAAAAGCAGGAGGCUUACAACUGGGCACUUCACAUCAUAUCUGCUGUUAUAUGCGGCUAUAGCUUUGCCCUUGUAUUUGCAUUGAUUUUUGCGUGUAAUGCGGUUGCGAUGACUUGGGAUUUGAGCAUCACAGAAGGAACUUGUAUCAGUCGCGAGGGCUUGUACAUCGCAACCGCUGUGACGAAUAUCGUCACCGAUUUAGCAUUGAUCUUGCUCCCCAUCCCUCUGGUGGUAGGACUUCAGAUGCCGGGAAUCCAAAAGGUCUACCUUCUUUUAGUCUUCAUCAUUGGUUGCGCAACUGUUGUGACUAGCAUACUCCGUCUAGCAACGCUAGUUCCCUUCCUCACUGCUUCAGAUAUCACUCAUGAUCUGGCCUGGCCACAGCUCUGGAUUAACGUGGAAGCAAAUUUGAUCGUUAUCUGUCCUUGUCUGCCAUCAUUGCGUCAGCUCAUGAGAUACCACGCCCCCGGAUGGAUGGGCGAGGCAGGCAGUAGUGCACGUCGCUAUUUCACGCCCAACUCGGCUAGUGCUUCUCGCAAUCGGUUCAAGGCGACAGGGUCUCGUCAACUGGAUGAGGUCGCACUCACAGAAAACGGCGGCAGUACCCAUAGCCGCUCUCGUAUUGUCAAAGAAGUGAAGUGGAAUGUGACGGAAGAAAGAUUGGGUAAAUAUUCCGAUGGUUCUGCCAAGCGAAAGCCGGUCGAGCCGUUUGGAUAUGAAAUCUGA